AUGAGUGGAGAGAAGGAAGAGGCCUCCUCAUUGAAUGCACCCAGGGCUUAUGGUGACCCAGAGGAGAGGAGGGAUGUGCCAGAAAGCUCUGGCAUUUCCUCCCAGCAUGAGCGACAAGUACAGUACCAACUGGAAAGUCUACCCGGUAUGUCCCAGCAGUCCCCAGGCCCCUCAGUGCAGUAUGGCCUGGUUCACGAGGAGAUGGGCUCUGUGGCCCAGCAGCAAAGGGCUUUCCAGACCCUAGAAAGAUUUGAGCACCAGGCCACAAGCCUCUCUGCUGCGGAACAAGGAAAAGCAACAGAGCCUGGCCCAAGCUUCCUACCAGGAUCCGAGUGUAGUCAGCCUUGCUCUUCAUCCCUUUCCAGUGAAGGCCAGUCACUCCUCAGAGCACUUCCCCCCAUUCCAGAAGAAGCAGUGGUCAAGCACAGGAUCCCACAUGGGUCCUGGAAGGUUGGCACACUCUGCCAUGGAGGGAAAGUCUAUGCUGUUGCCAUCAGCCGCUCUACCCAGCAUGUGUACACGUGUGGCUCCAGAUACAUCAGGGUGUGGGAUGAGAGUGCCCUGCAUGCUUGGAACGAGACCCCUCUGGACCAGCUGGACUUUCAGGACCAUCGGAGCUGUGUUCUCACCUGCAAACUGCUUCCCGAUGAGCAGAGCCUGAUCACAGGGGGUUUGUUCCAAACGCUGACUCUUUGGGAUCUGGCACCCAGCCCCCGCAUCAGGGCACAGCUGGCCUCUACAGGCUCCAAGUGCUUUUCCCUGGUGAUCUCCUCUGAUGCCCAUAUCUGCUUGGCUUGUUUCAAGGGAUUUGUUGAGAUUUGGGAUUUGCAGAACCAAAUCAUGAUCAGGAAGCACCAAGUCCCUGUAAAUGGGUCCAGAUGUGUUGAUAUCACAGGCGAUAUGUUCUGGACAGGAGGUGAAGAUGGAAACCUGUAUUCCUGGGAUCUGAGGACCUACCAGAAACUGCAGAAAUACGAUUUAAACCACGAGAUUCUUGGCAUCACCCAUGACCCCAGUGAGGAAUGGGUGUUAGUGGGUUUGAGAACAAGUGAUGUAAUAAUCCAACACACUCACCGGGAGGAGAAGUUUAAGAUGAACAUACAUUUAAGAGAUAGCAGCCACUACAACCUCAAGUUUGCCUCCUGUGGGAGCUAUUUUGUGGCUACAAUGGACGAGUCAAUCUACAGCUUGUCGGCACCUUCUCUUCAAAGGUUGUUUCAGGUAGAGGAGUCUUCAGAAAUCCUGUGUUGUGAUAUGUCCUCGGACAACCAGUAUCUGAUCACGGGCUCCAAGGAGAGUGCUACUGUUUACCAGUUCUUAUAUUGA